UCCUGUGACAGGUAAAUAUAAGCAGGUCACAACGUCCAUCAAGCAAAAUGCGAAAACAAUUAGCAACUCCAAGGGGGACAUUUAAAAUGCCUGGAAAAAAACGACGAUACAAUGUUCGAUUUCCGCCUGGUCGCAUUAAGAAGAUCAUGCAGAAGGACACCGAGGUGGGACGAAUGGCCAUGGCCGUGCCAGUAGUUAUUUCUAAAGUCUUGGAGAUGUUUCUGAGGUCCCUUCUCACCAAGGCCAACCUCAUCACACAAUCAAGGCAUAGCCGAACUCUAUCAGUUAACCACGUGAAGCAGUGCAUAGACUCCGAGAGGACAUUUGAUUUCCUAAGGGCCUUAGCUGAUCAGGCCUAUGCCACCUCAUCCACCAAAGAGAGCCAAGAGAAGGGGAGUUGGUCACAGCACAGGCGGAGGUGGCAGGAUAUUCCUGUGAAAGCAAAGCCAUCUAAAAUGGAAGAGGCUCCUAAGUCGAAGUUGGCCAUUCGAGAGCCUCUCUAUGACGACAACUCCUCCAGUGAGUCAGAGCUGUACAUCUGUUUGGAUACAUAGUUAUGGACACGUCUUCCUAACCUACAGGUUUACUAUCCAUGAUGUUAUCUUUCCCAUAAGCAUCUCUGGAAACUGAUGUUUGAACUGCGGUGAAGACCCAACAGUAAUUUUGGUUUUGAACUUCAAUAUUGGUGAUUUAUUAUUUGUGGGGAUGAAAGUUUAAUAAUGUGAUAUAUAUAUGUGUGUGUGUAUAUAUGUGUAUAUAAUAUGUAAGUAAAUAACUUAUAAUGUUUUCUGGAUGUUGAAUGGGGAAAAUGUCAUCAGUGUAAAGUCCAGGGUGUAUCUAAUUAUUUAUUUAUGCUUUUGUUGGCUCCUUUACAAGUGGUACAAAUAUCGAUUAUCAUCAGCACCAUAUCUAUGAAUGAGAAUACUAUGUGGUUGUGGUUGCCCAAUUUCAUGAAGGUAACAAUGAUGUAUCAGUUGGCUUAAUCAUGAAUUUGCUUGCAUUGUGUGUGAUGAGUUAUGCAAGCAACACCGGUUCAUAAUUCAAAAGCUUUAUUCAGAUUUUCAUGAGUUACCCAUUCCUGUACACAUCUUAGUGGCUCUUUUGUCUAUUUCCUGUUUGAACUAUGCAU